AUGAUCUCCUCCAGUACAUGGGUUCCAAGAGGCUAUGCCUCAGAGUUCCCUGAGAAGUAUGAACUUAAUGACGAAGAAAUGGAAAGAAUCAACGCCAUGGCCAAGCUCGAAUUAAACGAUGCUCCAGAAGAUGAAGAGGAAGAAGAACAAUCUGAAAACCCACUUAAAGACCAAAUUGAAGUUGAUGAUGACUUGAAAGAGUACGACUUGGAAAACUACGACAAUGAUGUCAAUGAGGAUGGUGAGGAAGUGACCAUGUUUCCAGGAUUGUCCAACAGUGAUGCCAAAUUCCACCAAGAAACCGAUGGAAGCGACCCAUACUUGACGUUACCUACAGAAGUGGACAUCCAAGAAGAAAAGCAAGAAUCUCAAAUUUACCCAACUGACAACCUUGUCUUGGCCACCAGAACUGAAGAUGAAGUGUCCUACUUGGACAUAUACGUUUACGACGACGGUGCUGGUGCCCCAGACGGCGCCGAAGAAGAAGAGGAAGACAAGCUUGAUGCCGAUGUUGCCAAGGGAUUGGUCAGAGAGUCCACUUUAUACGUGCAUCACGAUAUCAUGUUACCUGCAUUCCCAUUGACCGUCGAGUGGAUAAAUUACAAACCAGGACAGGCUAACCCAGAUGAGUUGAACAUUGGUAACUUCGCCGCUGUUGGUACUUUUGAUCCUCAAAUCGAAAUAUGGAACCUUGACUGUGUUGACAAAGCAUUCCCAGACAUGAUUCUCGGAGAACCACAACAAAACUCGUUGCCCAGCUUAAAGAAGAAGAACAAGAAGAAGAAGAAGAACAAAGGACAUGUCACCACCCAUCAUACCGAUGCUGUUUUAUCCAUAGCCCACAACAAGGUACACAGAUCCGUUCUUGCAUCAACUUCUGCUGACCACACUAUAAAAUUGUGGGAUCUUAACACAGGCACUGCCGUCAGAUCAUUGAUUAAUGUGCACAAUAACAAGACCGUCUCUUCUUCACAUUGGCAUUCCAGUGAGCCUUCCAUCUUGUUAACUGGUGGUUACGAUGGUACUGCUGCCGUCACUGAUGUGAGAAUUUCAGAUGAAUCCCAAAUGACUAGAAACUUCAAGGUAGGCCAAGGUGAAGAAGUCGAAAAUGUCCGUUGGGGCCAUCCUUCAGUUCCAGAGAUUUUCUAUGCUGGUACUGACAAUGGUAACAUUUACUGUUUCGAUGUUAGAAACACAGACAAACCGCUCUGGACUUUACAUGCACACGAUGCUGGUAUUUCAUCAUUGGAUGUUAACUCUCAUAUUCCAGGUAUGUUAAUCACUAGUGCCAUGGGUGAGAAGACUGUUAAGCUCUGGAAAUGCCCAACUGAUAACUCUUCUGGUCCAACCAUGGUGUUAUCUCGUGACUUCGGUGUUGGUAAUGUUCUCAGUUCUUCAUUUGCUGGUGAUAUUGAAGUUGCUGGUAACUUGACUGUUGGUGGUGUUAGCGGAGCAUUGAAGUUGUGGGAUGUCUUUUCAAACUCAUCUGUCAGAAAUUCUUUCCGUGAAGAAUUGAAGCAAUUACAAAUCGAUGCCAGAACACAAGCUAAGCAAAAUGGCCGUGCUUCUAGAAUCGCCAGAAAGUAUAACGGUGCUCAUGGUGAAUCUAUCAUGACAGUUGAAGCAGGUGGCUUCGAGGAUGAUUCUGAUUCCGAUGGUGAAGACAAUCAAAUUGAAGAUGAUGAGGAGUAG